CUGCUGAGCUGGGCCAUGAAGGCUCCGCCGCGCGCGCUCUCCUUGCCUUGAAAGCCUGCAACUCAUCGCUGGGCUCGCUCUUUGAUUGUUUUCCGCUUUUUUUCCCUCCCCCCUCUGCAAACAAGUUGCCCCCACUGGGGAAAAGGGGAGGGCGGACGAAGCAAAAAAAAUCCUGCUGCAUCUGCAGGGUGGAAAAGCAUGUUGGGGAAAAGCCAAGAAGCCAAAGGACAGGAUGGCCCCGGGGCGCCUCGCUGCCUUGGGGGACAGCGCUGCUGCCCUAGCUGGACUCUGCCCCUCAGUUCGCUGCUGGCCGCCUUCCUGUCAGUGGCGGCUGUAGCCUGCUGUGUGUAUCUGGGGGUGAAGACCAGCGACCUACACGCGAGGGUCUCUGCCAUCGAGAGCGCCCAAGGGGACUUCUCUGCUGCUGCUUCCUACCAGCUGCUGCCCGGCUUCUCUCUGGAUCAGCUAAAUUCAAUGAUGCAAGAAAAAGUGGAGCGACUUCUAGCUCAGAAAUCCUACGAGCAUUUGGCAAAAAUAAGAAUAGCAAGAGAAGUGCCUCCAGAGUGCAACUGCCCAGCAGGUCCUCCAGGGAAACGAGGUAAGAGGGGCAGAAGAGGAGAAACGGGACCUCCUGGUCAACCUGGUCCUCAAGGCCCUCCUGGUCCAAAAGGCGAGAAGGGAGAUCAAGGUGAUCAGGGCCCUCGGAUGGUGUUUCCUAAAAUCAAUCAUGGGUUUCUCUCUGCUGAUCAGCAGCUCAUUAAACGCCGCCUCAUUAAGGGUGACCAAGGACAAGCUGGACCCCCUGGUCCUCCAGGACCACCAGGACCCAGAGGUCCUCCAGGAGACACUGGCAAGGAUGGCCCCCGAGGGAUGCCUGGAGUACCGGGAGAGCCAGGAAAACCAGGUGAACAAGGGUUGACGGGACCUCAGGGACCUCCAGGACAAAAGGGUUCUAUUGGAGUACCUGGUGUUCCAGGAAUAGAUGGACAUAUGGGUGAGCCAGGUUUGCCUGGUGCAGUGGGAGAAAGUGGAGCACCAGGGCUUAAGGGUGAUCCUGGAGAACGUGGAGAAAAGGGUGAUGCUGGAGAAAAUGGACCCAAAGGUGACAGAGGUGAAAAGGGUGACCCCGGAUCUUCUGCUGCAGGAAUUAAGGGAGAACCUGGAGAAUCUGGUCGGCCUGGACAAAAGGGUGAACCAGGUCUUCCUGGGCUUCCUGGACUUCCUGGGAUAAAGGGCGAACCUGGUUUCAUUGGUCCACAGGGAGAACCUGGAUUACCAGGCUUGCCAGGAACAAAAGGUGAAAGAGGAGAAGCAGGGCCCCCUGGGAAGGGUGAGCGAGGCGAACCUGGAGUUCCAGGGCCAAAGGGGAAAUCAGGUGAAUCUGGAGCUAGAGGCCCAAAGGGGUCAAAGGGUAACCCUGGAGAUAAAGGUGAUUCAGGAGCUAUAGGUCCAAGGGGUCCACCUGGACAAAAGGGAGAUCAAGGUGCAACCGAGAUAAUUGACUACAAUGGCAAUAUCCAUGAAGCUCUACAGAGGAUUACCACCCUAACUGUCACGGGUCCACCAGGGCCACCCGGACCUCAAGGAGCACAAGGACCAAAGGGUGAACCAGGGUCCCCAGGAACUCCAGGAGCCGAAGGGGAGCAGGGUCCUAAAGGCUCGAAAGGGGAUGUGGGUGAAUCUGGCAUGCCAGGAGAAAAGGGAGGAAUUGGUCUCCCAGGAUUACCGGGAGCCAAUGGUAUGAAAGGAGAAAAAGGAGAUGUCGGUUUGCCUGGUCCUCAGGGUCCUUCUAUCAUAGGGCCGCCAGGACCACCAGGACCUCAUGGGUCACCAGGCCCUAUGGGACCCCAUGGACUGCCUGGCCCAAAGGGAGCAUCUGGCUUAGACGGAAAGCCAGGACCCCGGGGUCUGGAUGGUCCAAUUGGUCCACAUGGCCCAGCAGGUCCUAAAGGAGAUAGAGGUGAAAAAGGAGCUAUUGGUGACCCUGGACCCAGAGGACCAUACGGUUUGCCUGGCAAAGAUGGCGAGCCUGGCCUUGAUGGUUUCCCUGGUCCUCGAGGAGAAAAGGGUGAUCUAGGCGAAAAGGGAGAAAAGGGAUUCCGUGGAAUUAAGGGGGAAAAAGGGGAGCCAGGCCAGCCAGGCCUGGAUGGGCUGGAUGCCCCUUGCCAAUUGGGGCCAGAUGGAUUACCAAUGCCAGGCUGCUGGCAAAAGGGAGUCACACCGUGGCUUAUUGCCAAAAAGAGAUAAGGCAGAGGAGAUUAGAAAAAGGUCUUGAAUUUUUGGGGAAUGCAGUUCCAACCGCAGGUGGACGGCUUCCAGAUUUGUGGGUCAUGUGACACCCCACCCUGCUCAAAAAGGGUCACGCCUGUUGAUCUGCAUCCGUUUUCUUGCACUGCUCACAGUCACGAAGACAUUCAAGAUUGAUGGGUUUAGAUGUCAAGUGCAGUCAGCUGCUUAGAAAGAAGUUUGAAGGAGAAACCCAACUUCCUCUUGGGGCAGUUUGAAAAGGUUACAAAGAUGCCAAGUGGAUCAUUUGACAGCAGGCCCCGUUUGAGAUUAGAAGCUUCUCAGCCUGAUUCAAGGAUUGACACAAUAUGUGCCCCACAUAUUGUAUUUUUGGAUUGCUAAAGGAAAGCAUUCUUGGCAAUGGGAAUGUCUGAGAACACUCUUCUAUGGACUAAUGAAACUGACGGGAUCUGUGUGUGUGAGUUUUGGAUUAUCCAAAUAAAUUACACAACCUUACAUCUUCUGGGGGGAAAUGAAACGCAAUUAACAUUAGCUUUCAAAACUUGCAAAAGUUUCAUUUCAGUAGCCUCUUUCAGAUUUGUUUUGGCAAACAGGCUUUGAAAGAAAUAACUUCACAACAUGUAUUCCUCUGAUUUCAGUAUUAUCUGUUAUUAGUCUUUGAAGUCUUUAAGUUGGAAAAAAGUUAUUUCAUUUUACUUUCAUGGGCUGAUUUAUUUAUAUGGUUCUUUUUUUGCAAUUGCAAUGAUUUUGUUAAACAUGGUUGCCAAGACUGUAAAAAAGAAGUGAGCCCAAAUCAUUAUCAUGGGAUGGUCGUCACAAUACAGUAUAAGUUAUAAUUGUAUUUCCAUUUCUGAUUGACUAGUACACAAGAGAAGCUGAAACUAUUUUGUUUCACUUCAUUUUGAUUACUGGAAACAUUAAUUUUGUAGUCUGAACCUUCCUGAGAAUUUGUUUCAGUUGCAGUUUUGAGUCUUCAUAAGGUGCAUUUGUUGUCAGAUUAAGAAAUUAAUUUGCAUGAAACAGUUUCGUGUUUGGCAGAUGCAAAUUCUUUUUAGAUCUAUUCAAAUAAGUGUGCAUACUGAGAUGAUCAUAAGCUGUUAAAUAUACAUUUUGGAGAGUUCAUUUUUAUAGGCAGUCCAAAAACAGAGCUGUAGGAAAAGAAUAUUUCUUCAUCCAUGUGUGGGUACCCUGCCAUUCCUGGAAAUAUACAUAAUUUGCUACUCAGUGAAUUUGUAUAUUAUCUAGAAGUGGGCACCCCUCCUCAUUUCACUCUCAAGGGGAUGGUUACUACCACAUUAAAAUCUCCAGUCACUGGAGCUUAUACUGUAGGCCUUUCUUUCAUUCUGCAUAAGAUUGUGAUUGGCAUUUCAGUCUAUCAACACCAUGUCAGUAAAAUAGCUUUUCAAGGAGAAAGUUAUUAAUUUUUUAAUUAUAUAAAAGCUGACUUCUUACAUAGGUCUCCAUCUUAAUUUCCUACAGAAAGUCUGCUUACUGGUGCAGUUGUCUUUUAAAUAGCCUAGUGAUGCUGGGUUGGAAAUGGAUGUUUUAUUCUACAGUGCUAACAACCACCAGCAGCCUGAUCCUGCAACUCUUGCACAAGCCUAUUACAUACUGUUGUACGUCUGCCCAUUACCGUAAUGACUUCAGUGGAAGUUUGACCCAUGAAGACUAGAGGAUUACAGGAUCAAGGCAGAAGCAGCUGCAUUCUACCCUGCCACCUUCCUAUUUUAUUCUGUUUCUUGGAAAAUAUGAAGGCUGUCCUCUAAACAGGAGAGAGUACUUCUGACACAUUCUGGGUAGGUUACUUAUACACCUAGAGACUGGAAUCCAUAGCAUCUUUCUGUGGCACACCAACUUUUGGAAAGCCACAGAAGCAAGUUAUUGGACUUGUAAAUUUAUUGUCUGGUGCAGUGUGAUAAAUUCCUAACUUCUAAUGAGAAAAUUUGCCCGGUUAGCUAAAUUGCAUAAAUAUGUUAAGAUAAAAGAGAAUAGCAGUAUGGAAUCAGCUAGUUUUAGUGAAAAAAUCAGGAUAGGUCCAGGUUCUUCAUAACAUUCUAUGGUUGCAGAAUAAGUGAAGGUUACUCUAGUAUUAGCAUGCUGCAUAUGAUAACAAAAACUUGGACUUGCCCAUGAAAACAAGUCAUUGUAAGGAAUUAUCAGUUAGGGUACUAUCAAAUGUGUGUUGUCCCUUCUCACCCCCGUAUUUUUUUCUGUAACUGAUUUAACAUCAACUUUAAAAAUCCUAUUUUGUAAACAAGAAAAACAUGAGCCUUAGUUCCUAUACUUUUGUUGAAAUAUCAUAGUACAAAUUGUUCCAUUGAUGGUAUUUGGUAACUAAAACACAGGGCAGAAUUCAGCUCUGUUGUAAGCAUGCUACAUUCACUCACACCGUGCCCAUAGAACACAUAACAAUGCUUCUGCUGUCAAUUAAUGGGUAUCUUGGAUUUUGGCUAAUGUCAGGAAAGGAUCAUUCCAUUGAAAAUGGGGUCUCAUCAGUAGACAUACAGUGUUAUCAAUCCAACAGCCAGGUUAGAACAAUAAGGUAUACAUACUAAGUGGUAUUGAAAAGGUGCCUACAGCGUGUUAACUAGCAUGGAAGCUAAACAGCAACUAGAAAAGGUUAAUAUGUAGUAAAGACAAAGCAUCUCAGGUUAAUAUUUCAUAAUGAAAAGCACCCUCUGAAGACUUACAAUAUAUUUGCUCAGUUUAAAGACAAUUGUUUUUGGUGCUAUUAUUUCUUUUUUGUUUCUUUGGCAGUGCAACUUUGGUUUGAACCAUCUGUUUUAUGAUUACACUUUUAGUGGCAUUCCUUCACUAGAUACCAUUUUCUUUGUUUAAUUUUGCGAAUAUGCAGAAACAGUGGUUCAUCUACCAAUCUUUUCAGCUCUAAAAAUGUGUAGAGGACAUAAAUUUGCAUUCUGUAUCCCAGACUUUGUUUUGUGAUUAUUUCUUGUGCCUCCGUUUAAGACUUUUAGUAUUUGGUACCAAUCUUCUUAUGUAUCUUUAACUUAAGUGUAUUGCAGCCACAUUGAACAGUGGCCUUCUGUCUUCAUUUUCAUAAGCUAGAUGGGGAGGGAGGGGGAAGAAUUUUCUUACAGGGUGCUUUGAAACCUCAUUUUUUACAAAGUAAAGCAUGAAACAUUCAUUCACAAUAUUUAUAACUUAUUUUUCUUUGAAUAUAUUUUUUUAAAUUUAUUGGUGAUUUUGAUGUCAUUGUCUGACAAUCUCUAGUGAGUCAGAAUGACUCUGUGCAUCCAGCUGUUUAUAUGUAUUUUCCCUAUAUACCAUAGAAGUGCUGUGGAAAAGUUUGAAAGAGGUCAAAUCAGCAUGUCUGCAUCCAUAAAAAGGAGUAUACAUGCUCCAAUAGUUUAAAAAUGGCUUGUCCUCCAGAGACUGUGCUAUGUGCAGUGUGGAAAACUGAAAAUAGUCUUGAUAAUAUUGAAUACACACAGCUUAAGUACUGCUGUGUAUGUAUUCUCUGAUGAGGACACUAGAAAAUAUUACAACCCUGCCUCAUGCAAAUAGUCCUAAAUUUCUUAAGGCAGUGUGAUCUAGUGGCCAUAGAACUGGACUGAAAGUCAGAGGAAAUGGGGUGAAAUCCUGAUGCCUUUAAAGUGAAUGGGAAUUGUUCUGUUGACUCAUGCCAGGGUCUUAUCCAUGGAUUAUGUUCCCAGCUGCGCCACUGCCAUGCUGAUCAAGUCACGUCACUCAGUGCCUCAGUUUCUCCAGGUGUAAAAUGGGGAUAAUGAUACCUCUGAUCUCCUUUGUAAAGUAUUUUGAGAUCUACUAAUUACAUGUGCUAUAGAAAAGCUGGGUGUUCAUUAGAGAAAUUCCAUUGGUUUCGGUGGGACUGGGGUCAGGAAUGAUCUCGCUUUUCUGAAAGUGUAGAAGGUCUUACAGGACAUGCAGAAGUUGACAUUUUCUUUCAAACUUUCUUACCUCAACUACUUGUUCAUCAUACAUACAUAUUUGUAAAUCUGUAUUUUUACAUUUUACCCAAGGUUUACAGUUACCUUGGUUUUCACAACAGGAAAAAAAAGGUAUCUCACAGAAAUGCAGAUCUUUACAAAGAGACCCAGCAGAGGUUGUGAAUACUGAUUCAUUUUCCUUGGCCUUUUAAAAUGAUAAGCCCUAUCAUCUGACUGGUUUCUUUCCUAUGGCAACUUGCUUUUUAUGAAUCAAUGUUACAGUAAUGUGAAAACAAAGAUUCUCUUAAGCCUUCUGUUGUUGAAGUAUUUUACAUGGUGGUUGGCUUCAUUAAAUGAUGUUGCAAACAAGUGCCUGCCACCUUCAUUUCUGAUAGAAUUAAUACAUAGAUUCCAUUUCUUUUGGGGAGUAUCAUGUUAAAAAUAAUCUUCUGGAGUGCUGUUUGUUUUGUAAUUUUAAAUAUGUCAAUUUAAUGCUGCUUAGAAACAAUUGUCUUUCUUUGGAGAACAGGGGGCCUUAUCCAACCUAGGACCUUUAGUGUUUUAUUUGUUUAACCAAGAAAUGAUAUGAAUUUCCCAGAUACCAUUGAUACUUGCACACUGAAGUAUUAUUGAAGAGGUUGGUUUGUAGAAGAAUGUUUUACAUAUUGUUAACAUUUAUGUGAAUAUUCUUAUAUUAUUGUACAUGUUUGGGAAAAUAUAAUAUCAUGCAGCCUAGUACCAUUUGUAAAAGAUGUAUGUAUCUGACUUUUUUUUCUUUGGGAUAUAUUAUAUAUUUUUAUUUGUAUUUUUUACUUUUUUCAUCUAUAAGUGCAGUUAUUUUUGUAUUGCAAAUGGUCUCUUGUAAGUACAGUAGAGGAGAUGAAAAUGCAAUGAAAAGUAAUUUGGCAAGAGUUACACUGCUUUUGGGAAAACAUUAGGUCAGUCUCAUGUGAUCAGUUCUGCUACAACUAUUUGGAGUGUCUUGUCACUGUAAAUAAUGGCACAAAACCUGUUUUGCCCAGUAGUGUAAAUAUUUGCAAUGUUUAAUCCAUUUUAAUGUGUUAUUUCUACUUUAUUGUGAACCAGAUCAAACAGCAUGGUUUUGGAUUUGUUUUGAAAGUUUCUCCUUGGUUUUCAUUUUUUUAAUAUUGUUUUUGAGUUUUGUACUUUGGUUUUUUUGUCCUAGCUUGCGAGAAGUUGAUCUUCAGAAUUAUUUUUACACUAUUUAUGACUUAUUUUCAUAAUGUAAAAAGUGUGUAAUUAUUAAAAUAUUAAUCCAAUCAUUGAUGCUGAUUUCCAUAGUUAUAAAGUUCUCAGUGUUGAUGCAAAAAUGUGUGCUAGUGUCUGGAUUAAAAGCUGCAUGUACUAUGUUGUGACUAAUUGCUGUGUGAAAUACACUGCUGCUUCUUCCAGUUAAUAGUCAUAUCAGCUACAGCUCCCCUUAU